UUUACAGUAGUUUAAGAUUAAAAAUGUUUGCCCUCGUCGAUUUCGGUGUUUUUGGCAUUUUUCUGCUCCUUUCCCUCUUUGUUGGUCUCUACCACGGAAUUGGACGUUCCCUGUCUUCAAAAUCAGAACAACAACCCCAACAAAACUCGAAAACAGGGGAUUUUCUAGAUGGAGGCCGUCGCCUUCCAGUCUUCCCCGUUUGCCUCUCUUUAUUAACUACUUUUGUUUCCGGCAUUGGUCUACUUGGAGUACCUGCCGAAAUUUAUACUAAAGGCUCUGGAUUGUUCAUUUAUACAAUGGCUGGAACUUUAGCCUUUCCAAUUAUUGGAAUUUUCUUUAUUCCGAUUUUUUAUAAAAUUAAGUGCCUCAAUGCUUACGAAUAUUUUGAAAUGAGGUUUAACAGCAGAACACUUAGAAGGAUUGCUACACUCAUUUUUACAUUAAACACGCUCAUAUACAUGGCUGUAGUAAUCUACGCCCCAUCAAUAGCAUUGUCUGGAGUAACCUCGCUUCCAUUAUGGCCAUUUAUACUCCUCGUAGGGUCAGUUUCUACAUUUUACACGGCUGCUGGUGGGAUUAAAGCUGUUAUUUGGACAGACACCCUCCAAGCAUCUUUUAUUUAUCUGGGGCUUGGCAUAAUUAUUGUUAAAGGAACGAUUGAAGCAGGAGGGUUUGGACAUGUUUUACAGAUUAAUAGUUUAACUGGCAGAUUUGCACAAGGAUUUAUUUUAAAUCCUUCAAUUUUACAAUAUGGCAACCUUUGGUUAGAAAUUUUUGGAGGGAUUACAAACUGGAUUUGUAUUUAUGGCCUUAAUCAAAUGGCUAUGCAAAGGUAUUGUUCAAUGCCUUCAUUAGGACAUGCUCAUCGAGUAUUAAAUUUAACAAUUCCAGCUAAUAUAAUUAUACAAUUAAUGAUCACCUAUAUCGGAUUUCUAAUGGUCGCCUUUUUCCAAGGCUGUGACCCUGUGGCACUUAAGGAGGUUAAAACAAUGGAUCAAUUGACCAUUUUAAUGGCUAAUAGAAUUUUUGAAGGCAUUCCUGGACUUCCUGGACUCUUCUUGGCUACAAUAUUUUCUGCUACACUAAGUACUGCUAGUAGUGGCAUUAAUUCAUUAACUGCCGUACUAUGGGAAGAUUUUUUAAAAGAUUCAAAGUUUGGACAGAAAUUAUCAAAUAAUCAGACGUCUAUACUGAUGAAAUUGAUUUCGGUAUUUUUCGGCAUUUUAGCAACCUCAAUGGCUUUUGCCUGUUCCAACUUUGGGGGCAUCUUCCAAAUAAUUUUAACAACACUAGGAGCAAUCUCAGGCCCCCUAGUAGGCCUCUUCUUCCUCGGAAUAUUCUUCCCAAGAGCUAACAAAUUUGGUGCCUUUAUUGGCUUAACUAUUGGAAUAUCUGUAAUGAUAAUCCUCUGCAUACUUUCCAAUAUAAACCAGCCUUAUAAAAAUUUUGUUAUCACAACUGGGAAUUUGAAAAAUAAUUUCACGUCUGUUGGGUGUUUAAAUUAUGACGAUGAAGUGGAAAAUUUAAAGAGGAAGUUAAGGUAUGAAGAAUAUUCAAAGCACAACAAUGUCAAUUUCCGUUAUGGCAAUCCAGAAAGUUUGCUGUUAAGUCGGCUAUCUCCUUUCGCCUAUUCACUUCUAGUUAUGUAAAAUUACGUAUAAUCUUAUU